UUGAUGACAAUAAUUUAUCAUGUGGUAAAGAGUCUGAUUGCCGGCGAGACUGGUUCUGGUUUAUGAUUCAAGCUGUUAACAGUUUAAAAAAUGCACACUUUAUUGUAUAGGCAGCAAAUGACUUCGUCAAGCGCUUAAAAAUGGACAAUAAAGUCCCUUCCUGAGACUAUUCAGACCUUCUUAGCGAGUACCGUCCUCCGGUUCGCUCCAACAGAUCGCAACAUCGCGCCGUUUGAACAACACCAAAGACUUGCUUUGCCAAGUCACGACGACGGUUUUCGGUGAUUGUGUGAGUGUGUGCAAAAAUGGACACAUGUGGGAAAGUGGAAGACAAAACCGGAAAGAAGUCGAGGACGAGGUCAAGUGUGGAUCAAGUGCCGAAUUUCAUGGGCGGUUUAAUCGUGAAAUGGUUCCGCGAACUGAGCGUGAUUUACCUAAACGCGAAACUAUCGAAAUCAUCUCCCAGUUUUCCGAUUGACCGCCAAAACCCCGUCUAUCACAGCGAAAGCAAAGCGAACAAGAAGAAGAAACGCAAAGAUUACAGGAGAUAUUCGUUCAAUGAUCGCCAAGUUAAUCCACCGCCAGCCCCCAGACGAAGGCAAUUCUAA